AUGCAAUACUCAUCUUUCAUCCUCGCUGCCGCCAGCGGCUUGAUCACCAGCGUCACUGCUCACGGUGCCAUCUCCUCCCCAACACCCCGUGUUGCUGGACCUGCCAUGGCCGCCGCAUGCGGACAACAAGUCUUCAACAACCAAGCUUCUGACAGCUUCGGUAACAUCCAGGGAGAGCUCCAAGUCGCCUCUUCCCAAUCCGACUACGACGAGGCAGCAUGCAACAUCUGGCAAUGCAAGGGCUACAAAUUCGAAGAUAACGCCGCCGCCAACAUCCAAUCCUGGACCGCCGGCCAAGUAGUUGACUUCAAAUUCGACGUUCGCGCUCCCCACACCGGAACCGCCAACGUCUCUAUCGUCGAGACAGCCACCAACUCUAUCAUUGGUGACAUGCUCGUCGUCUACUCUAACUUCGCAGACAACGCCCGUCCUACCUCCGCAAACGACACCGCUUUCUCCAUCACCGUCCCAGCCGGUCUCGAGUCCACCUGCGGCACCGCUGGUGCGUGUGUUCUCCAACAUUACUGGGAUGCCAGAUCCAUCGACCAGACCUACGAGUCUUGCGUUGAUUUCACUAUCGGCGCCGGUGGUGCCGCUCCUCCUGCUGCAUCUUCCGCCGUUGCCUCUUCAUCUGCCGCCCCAGCUACUUCAGCUGUUGCUUCCCCAGCUACUUCGGUCGCUGCGCCAGUCACCGAGGUCCCAGCAGCCACCUCCGCCGUCGCUGUCCCAACUACCCUCCAGACCCUGACCAGACCUGCCACCACUGCCGCUGCGCCAGUCGCUACCGCCGCCCCAGUCGAGGAGGACGACGAGGACUGCUAG